UUUACACAUGUUGCCAUGAAGUUGUUUAGGCCAAUAUCAGUGCUGCGUCAUGGCCGGAGACGUAGGGUAUCACGAGGGGUCAGCACCUGGACACCAUUGGCUACUGCCUUCAACACACGACCCAACUCUAGGCCUGUCUUUGACACAUUAAGGGAGAGAACAGGACUUUUUAACAAACCGGAACUGACCAGUUUCGAAGGUUUCUACACAUUAAGGGAUCAGGCUAUUGCAGCAACGGACAGAUUGAUAGAGGAAGCUAUAUCUGGUCCCUCAAGACCUAUGGUGGAAGUAUUUGAUGAGCUAUCCGAUACAUUAUGUAAAGUGGCAGAUUUAGCGGAGUUUGUGAGGAUUGCUCAUCCGCAGCCGCAUUUCGCAAGUGCUGCUGAAGAUGCUUGUAUAAGUAUCAGUGGUGUUGUGGAAAAAUUAAACACACAUAAAGGUUUAUACGAAGCGUUACGUGAUUCAGUGAAACGGGGGACGUCCGGUGACCAACAUUUAGCGGAGCUAUUCCUAUUUGACUUUGAGCAGAGCGGCAUACAACUGGAAGAUGAGCCUCGCAAGCGAGUGGUGGCCCUCAAUGACCUUAUACUGCAGACGGGGCAGCGCUUCAUGGCCGGAGCUGCGAAACCACGACGUGUACCGAGAUCUGCUGUACCGCAGAAUGUCAGGCAGUUUUUCAGCAGCGAGGGCGAGCACGUGAUAGUGAGCGGGGUGUACGCGGAGUGCGGCGAGGCGGCGGCGCGCGAGGCGGCCUACCGCCUGUACCUGGCGCCGGAGCCCGCGCAGGCCCGCCUGCUGGCCGCCGCGCUGGCCGCUCGCCACGAGAUGGCAACCUUGUGCGGCUUCCACAGCUAUGCUGACAGAGCAAUUAAAGCGAGUGUAAUGGAAAACUCGUCGAAUGUUCGAGAAUUCCUCGACAUACUCUCAGAUAACUUGCACGACAGAGCUAAGAUGGACUUUGAUACAAUGUUGAAGAUGAAAAAACAGGAAACUCCGUACCAAGAUAGUGUGAUGUGUUGGGACACGCCGUACUACACGCAUAAGGCGAAAACACAACUUCUAAAUGUUGCCAACUCAGAUUUCAGUCCGUAUUUCUCUUUGGGAGCUUGUAUGGAAGGUCUGAAUAUGCUCUGUCAAGAAUUGUAUGGGAUUACUUUGAAGCCGGAAGAAAUGUUGCCCGGCGAGUCGUGGUCCCCCGACGUGUACAAGCUGGCGGUGGAGCACGCGCGGGAGGGGCUGCUGGGCCACGUGUACUGCGACCUGUACGAGCGGCCCGGCAAGCCGCACCAGGACAGCCACUUCACCAUACAGGGCGGCAAGAUGCUGCCCGACGGCACCUACCAGAACCCGAUAGUGGUGAUAAUGUUGUCGCUGAGCGGCGGGCACCGCUGCGGGCCGGCGCUGCUGGGCGCGGGCGCCGUCGACAACCUGUUCCACGAGGCGGGGCACGCGCUGCACUCCAUGCUGGGCCGCGCGCCGCACCAGCACGUGGCCGGCACGCGCUGCGCCACCGACCUCGCCGAGCUGCCCAGCGUGCUGCUGGAGCACUUCGCCGCCGAGCCGCAGGUGGUGCGUCGUUUCGCGCGUCACUUCCAGACGCGGGAGCCGAUGCCCGAGGACAUGCUGCAGAGACUCUGCGCCUCCAAACAUCUCUUCGGAGCCAGCGAGAUGCAGCUGCAGGUGUUCUAUUCAGCACUGGACCAGCAGUACCACGGGCCGGAGGCGGCGCUGGGGCGCGACACCACGGACGUCCUCAAACAAGUGCAGAAACAGUACUACGGCCUGCCUUAUGUUGAGAACACGGCAUGGCAGCACCGCUUCAGCCACCUGGUGGGGUACGGGGCGAAGUACUACUCGUACCUGAUAUCUCGCGCGGCGGCGUGGGGCGCCUGGAGCACGCAGUUCUCUCCGCGCCCGCUCUGCAGCGACGCCGGACAUGCGUUCCGACACGGAGUGCUGAGACACGGCGGCGCUAAGCCUCCACGGAAACUUCUACAAGACUACUUGGGUAUGGAGAUAACACCGCGAGCGCUCGCCAACGCACUGACAGACGAACUGGACCACCACAAAGACAACUUGGACAGGGUCAUCAGAAUAUCGGAAAAAUAAAUGAUCUCCAAAGAAAACUCAUGGAAUAGAAUAUAUCAUCAUGUAUAUAGAUGGAUUUUAAGAUUUUGUCUUGUAUUCAUUGUACAGUUUUCAUACGAGUCUCGUUUUAGACUAGAUUUAAAAAUUUAAUUUUUUUUUAACAUUGAAAUGUUUUUAAACUCUCACUAGUGUAGUCCUGACGUGUUCAACAAGACUUUCGAGCAAAGUAAUAAAAGCAUAAUAAUAUAUUAAUUAACUUUACUUUUUGAUGGAAAGUAUAAAACCACCUAAAUAUUGAACUAACUUCGGACGAAGAAUUCUUAAUUCCUGGUAAUGGAAACCGAGAUUCUUAAAAUAAUCAAAGUUAAAUAAUUUGUUUCAGAUGUUAAUAUUAAUUUUUAAACAUUUUUAAAUAUUGUGAU